GAUGUAGUCGCCAUCUUACCAAGGGGCCAUAAACGACAACACGCGCACUCAUCCCCACGUCACAUCAAUUCGCCGACGUAGUCACCCGUCGAAUUGAACGGGCGUCGCAGUUACCCUGUAGUCAAAUGGCCGCUGGCUUUGUCGUGUCGCGGAAUCGUCCGACGUGAAAGUUGGGGUGGGGGGUGUGGAGGCGGCGCGUCGAGCCUCCACGUGUUGCCGCAGCAGCAGCGGAAUUGUUUUAGGCUCCGGCGGCGACCCGGACGAUCGCGACGGUAUCGAGGGGCGACCGGGACGCGGUGGGCAACCGGCAACUCUCAGGGCCCACUCGACAGCCAGUCGGGGUGUCAUUGUUCGUGUGUUGUGGUGUGCGGAGGGGGAACGGCGGCGAUGGCGUCUGGCGGAAAGGCCGCUCGGCGAAGAGGCAGCAGCCGCUCUCAAGCGGCGACCGCGGCGACGUUGGCGGCGGCGGCGGCGUCCGAGGAGACGAAGGCCGGGGCCAAGUCGAGUGGUACGGAGUGGGGUAAACAUUCAGCAGAGAAGAAUCACGUUUCUUCUAAGCUUUACAAACCAUUGCCAACAAAAUUAGAGAAAUUAAAAGAGGAAAUUGUUCAUCAGUUUGAGAGCAAGAUUUCGGAGCUGAUUGAAAGUGUUAUCGAAGAAUCCUCCUCUACCAUUGACUUGAAGUCUGCAGCUGUUUUGCAAAAUGGAGGUGAUGUUGAGAAAGUCAGGAGCCUCCGGCCGUUAUCGGAAAAAGGGAAACUUUUUCUGCCCAGGCCCUCUGUUCUUGAUGAGCUGUUUGAGAUCAACCACGUAAGAACAAUCUACCACAUGUUCAUAGCGGUGUUGAUGCUCUUCGUCAUUAGCACUGUCGCAGUGGAUUUUAUCGAUCAAGGAAGGCUGGUGCUAGAUUUUGACCUUUUGGUAUUUGCCUUUGGGCAGCUACCAACAGCACUCUGGGCUUGGUUGUGCAUGUUCCUGGGGACACUGUUGGUGCCCUACUGGCUGCUGUGCCGCUGGGGCACUGGGUACCAAGCCGUGCACUGGCAUGGCCUUUACACGGCCUACUACGGGCUGCUGUACUUCGCCUUUCAAAUCCUGGGGUUGGGUGUCACGCCUGUCUAUGCCGUGGUGCAUUAUUCACUCCCUCCAGCCUCCCGCUUCAUUCUCAUUCUUGAGCAGGUGCGCCUUGUUAUGAAAGCUCAUUCAUUUGUGCGUGAAAAUGUGCCAAGAAUCAUGCAGAGCCAUUGCAAAGGAGAUUCUCCACCUAAACUGCCAGAUUUCAACCAUUACCUCUAUUUCUUAUUCUGUCCAACACUUAUUUACAGGGACAGUUACCCAAGGACCCCGACAAUAAGAUGGAAAUUUGUAGCCAUGAACUUUGCACAGGUGCUCGGAUGCCUGUUCUACGCUUACUACGUCUUUGUAAGACUGUGCAUUCCGCUGUUCAGAAACUUUGGCAAGGAGCCUUUGAGCAUACGGGUGCUGGUGUUGAACAUGUUUAACUGCACCUUGCCUGGUGUUCUUAUUUUGCUUUUAGCCUUCUUUGCCUUCCUGCACUGCUGGCUCAAUGCCUUUGCGGAGAUGCUACGGUUUGCGGACCGUAUGUUUUAUCAGGACUGGUGGAAUUCCACUUCAUUCGCCAACUAUUACCGCACGUGGAAUGUGGUGGUUCAUGACUGGCUGUAUUAUUACACCUACCGGGAUUUCCGCUGGGCUUUCAGCGGGCGAUUUAAGGCGGCGGCCAUGUUUUCAGUGUUUUCGCUCUCGGCCGUUGUCCACGAGUACGUGCUCACGGUCUGCCUCGGCUUCUUUUACCCCGUCAUGUUCGUGCUCUUCUUUGGAUUUGGCAUGUUGUUUAAUUUCGUGGUGCACGAUAAAAGAAAAAGCCCAAUUUGGAAUGUGGUGAUGUGGACCUUCCUCUUCAUUGGGCAGGGCAUCAUGGUGUGCCUCUAUUCACUUGAGUGGUAUGCCCAACAACACUGCCCAGCUAAAGGGGAAACCUUUUUUGAUCUCAUCACCCCACUAUCGUGGAGCUGCCAGCCCUUUGUGUGACCCCUUCCAAUGGGAACAUACUUGGCACACUGCUGGCUGGUGUGAGUGCUUGGUGUCUCAUCACACACUGGAUACAACUGGGAUACAAAGGGAGAUAAUUACCAGGAAUAAAAACAUUGAUAAUUAUGACAGGGACUAAUUUAAAAUUACACAUUAACCUUUUAUUUGCAAAAUAAUGUCUCAAAAGUUUAGCAAUUUUGGAGUGAAGGAACUGUUUUUUUUAUUUUUUCAAAUUUGAGUGUGAAAGAUUGUCUCUACCUUGAAAAUGUCUGAACCAAAGAAUGUCUUAAAAUACUAUACUUAACAUUUUCUAUAAAAUUCCAUUUGAAAAUAUUUGUAUUUUGUUUUUUGUUUAAAUAUCAGCUCAUCAAGGAAGGCCUGUGGUUACAAAUAUAUGAAAAGUAUUUUUUACAUAUCUGUCACUAAUUAACAAUAUGUUCAAGACCCUGAUUCAAGUCACAAUUUAUCUUCGAUGUUUAUAUCUGGAAAUCUCUUAAGGUAAUAAUGUAGUUCAUUGUUAUUGUUAAUGCUUUGUGUUUGGCCUUCACGUUGCACUGGUUAAGUCGCUGAACAACUUAUCAUUUCAUUUAUACUUUUAAUUUGUAUGUUCCCGUCCAUUAAACAUGUUAUUCUUGAUCUGAAUAUUACAGACAUGUUAUGUUUACAUUUACAUAGAGAAUUAGAGCAGACAUCUUUGCAAUCGCUACUGUCGUUGAAAUGGGGAUGUUCGUUUCUUCAGCAGUGCUGCCAUCCAAUAUUUAGUUGUAUUUAGGUACACAUUUGUUGUAUUUGCACACAAUUGGAUAUCAAGGCACAUUUAAUGUAAUGUUCCACAUAUGCUAUUUUAUAACAGAUAUAGAUGUUUUUCUUACAAUGGUAUAUCAGUUAAUAUACCAUUUCUCAGUUUUUAUGGUGUUGGGCUUGUUAACAUGCUCGUGCAGCACUGUUUAAUAAUACUGCCACAGCCCUUUUCUCAAGCCACUGCUCGAUGAGGGCCUCCCCACACCUCGUGGGGGGAGAGGGGGGAUAUGAUAUUAUUUCACCACACUGGUCAGUGCAGAUUGAAGGAAGAGCUCUGAUGUGGAAGCAUAGCAAUUCAGUAGAAAGGAUUUUACUGAACUGACAUCUAUUGACCAUCGCAUAGCAUAGCUACACAACCGCCGAUGACGACUUGUUUUUAUGCACGGUGGUCGUCCGUCCAAACAAGUCUAAGUAAAAACCUGCAUGGCUUAUGAGAUCUGUUUAAUGCUAUAUUAGACCUCAAUGCAGAAAAUUAUAAUUUCAGUGCACACAUUCCCAAAUACAAUAGUUAUAUAAUUUCCUUGUUAAUGUCAUUAACACCAUUCUCACAAUUCAUGCAGUAUACUCAGGUUAUCCUACCAUUGUGGUUUUCAGCUGAAGAUGUUUUAUUGCAAACAAUGUUAUCUCAAUCUAGCUGAUGAGAUAAUUGUAAAGUGUACUGGUUCAACAUCCCUGGCAUUUCUUUGACUUUUUUUCCUGAAAUCGGGCAGUGGCUGAGUAAGUAUAUUAUGUGUGGCGAUCUCAUAUUUCCCACUGGGGCCUUGCCAACCCAGCCUGCUGCAGCUCAGAAACUGCCAGGUUUUUUCACUGCAGAACCCAAGUCGUGCAGCUGAAGCCACACACAUAACGAAUUAUUAGCCCUGGCUCUGCUUGGCCCAAAGCCAGAUUGGUAUGUUUUUGCGAGGCCAGUGUAUUACGGUUUGGUUCUGGAUGGGCAAGGCAAAUAGCCAGUGUAAAACAACCCAUGCCAUAAUGGCCCCGUGUUUGCUCAGCUCGAUGUGUUGCAGUGGAAAAUGGGAAGAGGACAAUGCAGUAUGGGGAAGGGAAAUUCGCUGUGAAAUUCCCAAAGAUAUUUUGGUGAGUCACGCCAUUAAGGAUUAAUGCAGUUAAGUGAAAAAUGGAGAUUGGUUUUGCUAUGCCAAUUGCUGAUUGCACCCUGGUUUUGUAAUUAAAAUAUUCGUGGUAAUAUUUUUAUAAUUAAACCACAGAACUUUGAGUGUUUAACGUCGGUAUUAAUUUGUGUAAAAUUGGUGACAAUACAUUGAACUGGUAAUUGUUUUGAUUGGGAAUGGAUACUUUUUUCUGUUUAACAUGUGGAAAUUAAUAAAAUUGUCAAAUAAUCUAA